AUGGAUCAGGAGCAGAAGAGGCGUUCGUGCAGCUCCGCCUCAAACUCAAUAAUUAUGCGGAAUGGUGCAUUCUCCCCGGUGACUGUGGCCUCCGCUCAUGGAUCGACCUUUUCCACACGCCAGCGCUCCGUAUCCGGCGCCUCGCGACUGGCUCAGGUCACGGAACCCGAUCAUGAUGAGAACGGGCGCGAUGCCGACCACAUCCCUACGCCGUUGCCGAUCCUACCCGCCCCACAACCCCAGAUCUAUAGCCAAACAAGUGAAGUUCAAUACAAUCAUUAUGAAGGAGGCCAUGAUACCACGGAGGAAGUUGAGCGACCAGCUUCAGCUGCAUCGGGUGAUACCUUCCACCAGGCCCGCACGUUGUUUAAUGACUUCGAUGGUGUUCAUUUCAAUCCUUUGGAACGCGCGGAAAGCGGACGGCGUUUCUCGCUGAUCCAGCCUCCCCUUGCAAGCAAGCCGGAAUCGUACAAGGUCCCGCAGUCGGGGGAACAAAUGGUUUAUUACCCAGCGCCUGUCCCUCGCAUAUUAAAUCUACCACCGAAGCUGUCGCACAAGCCCAUUACGGACCGUGAAAGGCGUCGUACCCAGCUUAUGCACUCGAUUGCCGCCGACGACAAAUUGGCAGAGCAAACAGCGACCAAAGACGGCCAGAAAGACAAACAUCAAUCGACCGUUCCCCAGCAACUCCGCGCAAGCGUGUUUUUCGAUCCACCAAGUGCCCCUCUUGAUAUCCAAGUUAAACAAGACUCUGCCGUCGCGACACUCGAUAGCAUUCUCGACGCUUCGACAUAUGCCCCGGUCUCGGCCUUCACAGACCACCCUUUUGCUGGCCAGAUCGGCUCCCAUGUGUAUGGGAAUGCAAAGCGCAAGACCCUGUUAAAGAUUCCCCCUGGUCAAAAGUCAGACCGCAACUCUCAAUACCUGAUGGGUCAACCGCAGAGCAAAGAGAGCGAGGAGGGCUCGGCUCAAGCAGAAGUUGGAGAACAUCAACAACCUGGUGACCACACCCACGACCACGACCACGACCACGAACGAUCGCAUGAUGGUCGGUCUGGCAAUGGCUCCGAAACUGAGAGUGGCUCAUCCUCUCCAGAAAGUGGCGAAGACUCGGAGGAAGACUCGGAGGAUGAUUAUGUCGGGCCACCAAACACGCUUCUCGCGGAAUUGCAGUUGCGGAAACAAGAGUUGAAACAGCGGACUCGCUCAGCCGUUCCUACAGCUUCGCAAGCCCAGGGUAUGGGUGCUACGCUGUUGGAGAUGGAUGAGAUGGCCCAAAAGCAAAGUGACAAGAGACGCAGGCGGCCGGUCACUCUUGCAUGGGAUCCUAACAAUCAUGCCGAUGACGACGAUGUCCCCCUGGCAAUGCUGUAUCCAGAUAAGGUCAAUGUGGACGACGAGAACCGACCUGUUGGAUUGAUGGCGAAGCAUGAGAUUGAAGAAAAUGAACCCUUGAGUACUCGUCGUGCUCGCCUUCGGGGAGAACCAGCCCCAGAGAAACGGCCCGUUACUGUCUACUCCACGAUGGAAGUUACGUCGGAGAAGCCGAAGUCCGAACCCGAGGACGAGAGUGACAACGAGGCCGAAACUCUAGCUGAGCGGUUAAGACGCUUGAAGGGACAGAACACCGAGGAUAGUGAGUUCACUAGUGGUCUCAUGGCCGAGUUUGAUACCCGAGCUGGAAACGCGCCUAAGGAGGAAUCGAAACCCAGCGAGCCAGCACCGGAACAAGAGGAAACCCUUGCGCAAAGACGCGCUCGUUUGCAAAGAGAAAACAAUACGCAGCGCGGAGAUGUUAGGAAUAUCCAAAUGCGACGAAGCAUGGCUGCUCUCCCACAAUCUCGUCCUGCGUAUGUCGCGCGCCAGUCGUCAUACGAUGUCUUCCCUCAACAACAGGGCGUGAGGCCCCAGCUUGGACACCGUUCUUCGAUGUAUUCGUUGCCCGUCAAUAUGGCAUCCCAGGGAAUGACAGGAUAUCCCAUGGGUCAAUCUACUGGGUAUGGAAUGCCUUAUCCACCCCCCUACCCCUACAACAACAUGGCCUACCCCAGCACCUGCGGUCCAACCUUGCGACAGCCCCUUGAGGCUGCACAGCAAGAUGUUAUUGAUCGCUGGAGGCAGAGUAUUCGCUAUGGCUGA